AUUAUAUCACACCAUAACAAAUUUGUUUUGCCGUACUCACUUCUUCAUAUUGCUUUUGCUUUUAAUCAAUUUCUCUUGUACUUUGUUUUUGCGGUUCACGUCAUGUCUAACCAAGCUGGCUCAUCUGAUUCUGGAGGAACAAAAAAAGAUUACAGUACUGCAAUUUUAGAACGUACAAAAUCACCGAAUCGACUUGUUGUUGAUGAAUCCAUUAACGACGAUAACUCCAUUAUUUCUCUCCAUCCUCAUACUAUGGACACUCUCCAGUUUUUUCUCGGCGACACCAUCUUGAUCAAAGGAAAGAAAAGGAAGGACACAAUCUGCAUUGCUCAUGCAGACGAAUCAUGCGAAGGGUCGAAAAUCAGGAUGAACAAGGUCGUCAGGUCGAACCUGAGAGUUAGGCUUGGAGAUGUUGUCUCUGUUCAUCAAUCUCCUGAUGUUAAAUACUGCAAGCGUGUGAAUAUUCAGCCUAUUGAUGACACAAUUGAAGGGGUUUCGGGGAAUCUGUUUGAUGUGUAUCUGAAACCUUAUUUUCUUGAAACGUUUCGUCCCAUCAGGACAGGUGAUUUGUUUCUUGUACGAGGUGGGAUGAGAAGUGUUGAGUUUAAGGUUAUGGCCACUGAUCCUGAUGAGUACUGUGUGGUUGCGCCGGAUACGGAGAUUUUCUACGACGAAGAGGGGGUGAGUAGGGAAGAGGGAGACAGAUUGGAUGAGAUUGGGUAUGAUGAUGUUGGUGGCGUCAGGAAACAGAUGGCUCAGAUUAGGGAAGCGGUGGAGCUUCCGUUGAGGCAUCCGAAGCUUUUCAAGACGAUUGGAGUGAAGCCGCCGAAGGGAAUUCUGCUCUAUGGGCCUCCUGGAACGGGAAAGACGUUGAUUGCGCGCGCCAUCGCGAACGAAACGGGUGCUUUUUUCUUCUGUAUUAAUGGACCUGAGAUUAUGUCGAAAAUGGCUGGGGAAAGUGAAAGUAAUCUCAGGAAAGCUUUUGAGGAAGCAGAGAAGAAUGCGCCUUCCAUUAUUUUUAUUGAUGAAAUCGACUCCAUUGCGCCUAAAAGAGACAAAACGAACGGAGAAGUUGAAAGGAGAAUAGUCUCGCAGCUUUUAACGCUCAUGGACGGACUUAAAUCUCGCGCACAUGUUAUUGUCAUAGGAGCAACAAAUCGUCCCAACAGUAUUGAUCCAGCUCUGAGGAGAUUCGGGAGAUUCGACAGGGAAAUCGAUAUUGGUGUUCCUGAUGAAGUUGGCCGUCUCGAGGUUCUUAGAAUCCAUACUAAGAACAUGAAGCUUACCGAGGAUGUCGAUUUGGGAAAAACUGCGAAGAACACACAUGGUUAUGUUGGUGCUGAUUUAGCAGCGCUUUGCACGGAGGCUGCACUUCAGUGUAUCAGAGAAAAAAUGGAUGUGAUUGACUUAGAAGACGAAUCCAUAGAUGCUGAGAUACUUAACUCCAUGGCGGUCACUAACGAACACUUCGACACUGCUCUAGGGAUCAGUAACCCAUCGGCUUUGCGCGAAACGGUUGUUGAAGUGCCUAAUGUAAGCUGGGAAGAUGUUGGUGGGCUCGAAACUGUGAAGCGCGAGCUUCAAGAGACAGUUCAAUAUCCGGUGGAGCAUCCUGAGAAAUUUGAGAAAUUUGGCAUGUCGCCAUCGAAAGGUGUUCUGUUCUACGGUCCGCCUGGUUGUGGUAAAACUCUUCUAGCCAAAGCUAUUGCGAAUGAAUGCCAGGCUAAUUUCAUUAGCAUCAAAGGUCCUGAAUUGCUUACCAUGUGGUUCGGAGAAAGCGAAGCCAAUGUGCGAGAAAUUUUCGACAAGGCUCGUCAGUCUGCACCUUGUGUUCUGUUCUUUGAUGAGCUUGACUCAAUUGCGACUCAGAGAGGUAGUAGCGGAGGAGAUGCCGGUGGUGCUGGCGAUAGGGUUUUGAAUCAGCUUUUAACAGAAAUGGACGGAAUGUCAGCUAAGAAAACAGUUUUCAUAAUCGGUGCUACUAACCGACCAGAUAUAAUCGACUCUGCACUUCUCCGACCUGGCAGGCUCGAUCAACUAAUCUAUAUUCCUCUUCCUGACGAAGACUCUCGCCAUCAGAUUCUCAAGGCGUGCCUCAGGAAAUCACCGGUUGCCAAAGACGUUGAUCUCAGACUACUUGCGAAAUACACUCAGGGUUUCAGCGGGGCUGAUUUGACUGAAAUCUGCCAGCGCGCUUGCAAAUACGCUAUCAGGGAGAACAUUGAAAAGGAUAUUGAGAGGGAGAGGAAGCGAAGAGAUAAUCCUGACGCUAUGGAGGAAGACAUGGAUGAAGAUGAUGAAGUGGCAGAGAUUAACGCGUCACAUUUUGAGGAAUCGAUGAAGUACGCUCGCCGUAGUGUAAGUGAUGCUGAUAUCAGGAAAUACCAGGGGUUUUCUCAGACUUUGCAUCAAUCAAGAGGCGUUGGAUCGGAAUUCAGGUUUUCUGAAACCAAUGGAUCAGCUGCUGGAACUGAUCUGUUUGCGAAUUCUGCUGCCGGGGCUGAUGAUGAUGAUUUAUACAAUUAGACUGUCUUUUUUAUUUUCUUACAUCUAUACUAGUUGUAGUCUUUAGUUUUAAUUAUGGAUGAUUGUGUUUUUUAGUUACAAGUUUAUUAGUAUUUGAUCAUUUUUUAAAAUU